GGCAAGAUCGAUGGCUCCAGCUCUUUAUAAGGCCCGCGGCCAGGGAUCCGGGCAUAAACUUCUGAGAUCCCCUGAUAUCUUCUAGUAGAGCCUCUUCUCGCAUCUCCCUCGGUAAUGACUGAAGCCUUGGCCCCGAGGUGUUGCCCUCGCCGCCGCCCGCUGCUCCCAGUGGUCCUGCUCGCCUUCCAGCUGCACGUGUUGUCCGCGGCUGUGGUGUCCCCGAAGCCCCUGCACUGUGCCCCCUGCACUCCCGAGAAGCUGGCCCUCUGCCCGGCCGUGCCUUCCAACUGCCCUGAGCUCGCUCGCCAGCCCGGCUGUGGCUGCUGCCAGACGUGCGCCUUGCAGUUGGGCGAUGCGUGCGGCGUGUACACGGCACGUUGCGGCCAAGGGCUGAGCUGCCGGGCUCGGCCAGGGGAACCUCGGCCUCUGCAUGCGCUCACCCGGGGGCAAGGUGCCUGCAUACGGACUGCUGAUGUGGAACCAGCCCCCAGCUCCGAGUCUGCAGAUGCUAAGGACCCUUCAGUUCCUGAAAACACACCACCAGACAGUGCAGAAAUGACACAGGAGCAACUUUUGGAUAAUUUUCACUUGAUCUUUCCCCCGACUGAAGAAAGACCCAUUCUUUGGAAUGCCAUCAGCACUUAUGAAAAUAUCAAAUCCAAGAAAAUCUCUGACAUAAAGAAAUGGAAGGAACCAUGUCAAAGAGAACUCUACAAAGUGCUGGACAGAUUAGCCAAAGCCCAGCAGAAGGGAGGAGAAGAAAUUUACAAGUUUUAUCUUCCUAACUGCAACAAGAAUGGAUUUUAUCACAGCAAACAGUGUGAGACUUCUUUAGAAGGAGAUCCCGUCCUCUGCUGGUGUGUCUAUCCCUGGAGCGGAAAAAAGAUUCCUGGUUCACCAGAACUAAGAGGAGACCCUGGCUGUCAUCGCUAUUUUAAUUUGCAUAAUUGAAAGCUAAAUCUUUGUAUUAAUUCAAAUGAGAAUUUUUAGCAUGAUACACUCUAUUUAUGCUCAAACCUAUACACAUAUACGCAUAUACACAAAGAAUAUAUAUUUUAUAUGUAGCAACUACUUUUAUACUCCACAGAAUAUGUAAAGCUGUUGGAUUAUUUAUUUCACAUUAAAUUUAUUUUUUUUUCUACACAGUAACUUGAGUACUAUUAAUUUAUAUAUCACGAACUACUUCAAAAUUUUAUAUUGUAAAUAGUUGUAUUUUUGUUCUUAAAAAUAUGUAGCAUGCUUCCUUUUUUUUAAAGAGCCUAGAAAAAAUCGAUUAGAUUAAUAUAAAUCAAAUGGGCUUAAAAUAAUCAAUGAGAAAAUCAGCAUGCAAUUGACAUGUGUAAAGAUAAUUUGAAGAACUUAGGUUAAAUGAGUAAAGUUUGACAAAGCUUUGUCAUAUUUUAAAUGUAUAUGCACUGGAUAUAUUGUUUUGUAGUAUAUAAACACAAUUUUGAAUAAAAUUUUCACACAUAAA